GGGUCUGACAUGGGCCUGGCGGAGCUCCUUGAGGACAGAGCCCUGCCUUAUUUAUUUUCAGUCCACAGAGAGAGGCUCAGAGAAUGUGAGAAGGUGGAAGGAGGGAGGGAAGAAGGAAGGAAGGAGGGAGGAAGCAGAAGGAAGGAAUGAAGGCAGGAAAGAAGAAAGGAAAGGAGGAAUGAACAAGACAAGCAAAGAUAUUGGAGGACAAUUCAUUCUUCAUCCAUCCACUCAUCCAUUCAUUCAUUCAACAACUAUCUGUUGAGCUCCUAGCAGGAACAGCCCUGCUUGGGGCCCUAAGGACACAACUAGCAAGCUCAGGUGACCGGUGACCUCCUCUCAGCAUUUCCAGGAUGAUCCCCAAGGAGCAGAACGGACAAGUGAUGACUGCCAUGGGGGACCUCACUGGACCAGUCCCGGUGCUGGACCUGGGCAAGAAGCUGAGCGUGCCCCAGGACCUGAUGAUGGAGGAGCUAUCACUGCGUAACAACCGAGGAUCCCUCCUCUUCCAGAAGAGACAGCGCCGUGUGCAGAAAUUCACCUUUGAGUUUACAGCCAGCCAGCGGGCGACAGUGGCUGGAAGCACCAAGGGAAAAGUGACCGGAACAGCAGAGCCUGGGAUGGUUGCCAACAGCCCUGAGGGGCAGAACUACCGCUCUGAGCUCCACAUCUUCCCGUCCUCACCAGGGGGCACUGAGGAUGCCCAGUCUGCAGCCUUUCGGGUGGAGAGCGCCCACAGCCCCAGCGCCCUGGCGCCAGGCUAUGCUGAGCCACUGAAGGGCGUCCCACCUGAGAAGUUCAACCACACAGCUAUCCCCAAGGGCUACCGCUGCCCGUGGCAGGAGUUCAUCAGCUACCGGGACUACCAGCGCGAGGGCUGCAGUCACACCCCCAACCUGAUGCAGUAUCGAAAUUUCAACAAGACCCCCGUGCCCUUUGGAGGACUCCUGGUGGGGGAAGCCACUCCGAGGGCAGGUACCCCCUUCGUCCCAGAGCUCACCAGUGGCUUGGAACUCCUCCGCCUCAGACCCAGCUUCAACAGAGUGGCCCAGGGCUGGGUCCGCAGCCUCCCAGAGUCCGAGGAGCUGUAGCCCCAGCUUGAAUCUUCAAUCCCCCAUCCCAGAGUUUGAGUAACAUCUGGAGCCAAGACUUGUGGACAGGACUUCACAGUUUACAAAGGGCCAUCACACACAAAACCUUCUUGCACAUCGCCUCGACGGUCCCAAAGUUCGGUAGUCCCCAAAUGUGGUAUGCUUCACAAUUACCUGAGAGUGUUGUUUCUAAUACAGAUUUCUGGCCUGUUCCAGACUUGCAGCAUCAGACUCUCCUGGGCUGGGAAGUCUCUACUUAGUAACCAGUACUCCCAGGUGAUUCGAGUAAAACUUGCCCCCGGUUCGUAUCUUUAGGAAUCCAGACCACCAAUGACUUCACGUCCAUGCGUCCACUGUUCCCUGCUCCUGUGCUCCAUCUCACACUCCCCCAAUAACAGGAGGCUCAUUAGCCGCCCACUGACCUGUGAAUCACUCUGAGAAUUAGAAAGUUUUUCCUUUUACUGAGACACAAGUGGUCUUUAUCUAGUCAUGCCAUUAACAUUUACUAAGCACUUACUGUGUGCUAGACACUGUGCCAGCCCAGGGAGAGUGUGUUGGGGCCUGGGGAGGAAAAGACAGAUUUGUAAAGGAGUAAAUCAUCUAAGAUUUCCCUAAAGUGUGCUAACUGAUGACUGAGGAACAGAGCUCCGUGAAGCAGAGGAGGGAGUGUCUAACCCUGGUGGCGGGGGCGGGGGCGGGGUGGGGGGAGCAGGUUCUGAGAAGCUUCCCAGAGCAUCUGAGUGGACCUCAGAGGAAGAGAGACAGUCCCUCAAGGCAAGAGGGUGCGAGGGGGAGGGCAUUCCUGGCAAGUGGACCGCUUGUGCAAAGGUGUGGAACUGACAUGGGUACAGGUGUUCUGGAGAAGUGGGGGCGAUGUCAGAGGAGUCGGGGACUCCUUAGAGGGCCAGAGUCGGGUGCGCUGCACUAGGGAAAUGGGGAGGUUCCUAGGCUGGGGAGUGAGGGGUCUCGCUGGUUGCUGUGUGGGGCACAGAUUGGAGAGGCGUAAGGAGGGAAGCCAGGAAUCCUUCAGGGAACAAGGCCUGAACUGGAGAGGCGGCUGUGGGGUUGGAAAGAAGGGGUACCCCAACACCUUACAGGACAAGUGCAGAGUGGGGUGCUGACAAGGACAAAUCCUCUCCACCCCCUUCCACUCACCAUUCAGAGCAGGCCCCAGGGCAGAUCUCAUCCUAGUCGUCACCAGGAGUAGCUCCGCGUCUGCCUGGCUCACUGGGGAGAGAAAGCAAUGCGCUUCAGGUGGUGAUGAUGAUGCUGGUGGCUGCUUUCUUUCUAUUGGGCGCCUCAGUGCGUGGGCUGGCGGUAGGUCCUCUGCAUAUCCUAUUUCUAAUUCGCAGUACAACCUGGAGACAAAGUUACCUUCCUGUUUUACAGGCGUGGAUACCCAGGCUCAAGAGGGGCAAGUGACUUGUCCCGGGACAGAGCCAAACUGGGAAUCUAUCUGAUUCCAGUAGAUGUUUCUCAUCACCCUGCUGGGCGGCCAAGCCACUGCCCAUUCACUCUGGAAUCACCUAACCAUGGUGCCUUACUCUAGAGUUUAGAGGUGAAGAGUGCAGGCUGAGGGGUCAGACUGGAUGCGGAGGGUUCUGAGGGCUGCUGCUGGCUGUGUGAACUCAAGCAAGUCGCUUCUCACCUGUGGGCCUCUGUUUCUCCACCUGUAACAUGAGCACAAGAAUAGAAGCCCCUGCAUAGAGUUUCGUGAGCAUAGUGAUGGAUGCGUAAUAAGCAAUCAUUAUCAGAUUUCAUGCAACUGCUGCCCGGGGCUGGGUAAGAGGUUCUUGCAGUGAAUGCAGCUUGAGAAGAAGGCUCAUGCAAAUGUCACUGCGGGUGAGUAAAGCUGAAACCUGAAGGAAAGCUUCUGAUCACGGUAGGGCUCCACUUGGACAUGACUUACCUCCUUCGCCAGCUGCCUCCCUCUGCCUCCUCUGGGGAAGAUGAGAAGGUCAGGAAUCCAGCUGCCAGGGUGCAUGGGAUAGUGGCUGCAUUUUCCUUUUGCUCUGGAGUUUCGCUGUGCCCCACACAGACUCAAGGGGCCAGCAGCCUGACUCUUAUAUUUGCUUGCAACUGAUGUGCUGUCUUAAUUUGAGGGCUGCCACUUAAAGUUAUGUUUCCAUAUGCCAAAAGUCAAACAUUCAAGUGUCUGGAACCCAGAAGAGAGGAUCUGGAUUGCCUUGGGUUGGCUCUGCUGUGCUCUGGAGGGUAAUGGCAGCCACCAGGUACAGCAGAGGAGAGCCUGAUGGGGAGUCUGCUGCACCCCAAAGCUAAUUCUCAUUCCUUUCUUCUUCGGAUGUGACUUUCGCCAAUGUUGUUUUUUUUUUUUUUUUUUUAAAUGCUUAUUGUAAAAAUAAAUAAACGAAGAUGUAAAAUGUGAAGGUAUCUGCCCACAAAGCUCCUCCCCUGCACGUACAUAGACCUUCCACCCUCCGGCAUUCUGCCCAUUCCCACAUGCCAGAGGCAACUGCUGGGAAUGUUUUGG